GAUACAAAAUAAGGAAACCAAAGGACGUCUCUUGAGCCAAGAGAGGAAUCUAUAUUUGAAGGGCUUUAUUAUUAUUUAUUUAUUAUUAUUAUUAUUAUUGUUGUUUUUGUUAUUAUUAUUAUUGUCACAGCUUGCUCGCAGACGUUGUGCCGUUUUGGUUUUCAAGGGAAUACAAACAGUGGAGAUUUAUAUUAAAGCUGCCGUGGAUUCUUCAGAAAGGACAUAUGUAACUGAAGAAGAGCCCUUUCUUCAUGAAAUAAAGGAAAUACAAAUGUGAAUGGUCCUGGUGCUCAGGCUCUGCCCAGCUUGAUGACUUGGAAGCAGUGAAGCUUUCGACUGCUGUAACCUGCCCCCCUUUCAACACCCUCUGUCUCAUUGUCUCUCACACACUUGCCCCCCACCAGCCCCCCUGCCUGCCGGAGUGCACGUUGGAGACAGCGGGGGUGGGGGGACAGUACAUGCAGGGGAACCAGCCUGGCCUCUAUGCGCUUGGACCUGGCUGGCCACCAGGACCCGGAUUGAGAAGCAGGUGCCGUCUGCAUGGAGAGAAGUGGCUGCAGCCCAUUCCCUAUGUGCUGGGCUCGAGAAUAUGACAGAUACUUAGCACCCAGCAAAGGCAUGGCAGCUGCUUACCUCGACCCGAACCUGAACCAACUGGGCUCGGGAGCCAAGUCCCGUUUGAGCAUGGGGAUGGAGCGCUCCGCAGGGGCCCUGGACCGGGUCCUCAAGGUGUUCCACUACUUCGAGAGCAGCAACGAGCCCUGCAACUGGGCCAGCAACAUUCGCCAUGGGGACGCCACUGACGUCAGGGGCGUAAUACAGAAGAUAGUGGACAUCCAUAAGGUGAAGUGUGUGUCUUGUUAUGGCUUGCGUCUUAGCCACCUGCAGUCCGAGGAGAUUCACUGGCUUCAUCCAGACAUGGGUGUGUCUCACGUGAGGGAGACGUAUGAGCUGAACCAUCCCCAGGAUGAGUGGAGGUAUGAGCUGCGGAUUCGUUAUUUACCAAAAGGGUUUUUAAAUCAAUUCACUGAAGACAAGCCAACGCUGAACUACUUCUACCAGCAGGUCAAAAAUGAUUACAUGUUGGAAAUAGCAGAUCAAGUAGACCAGGAAGUAGCUUUGAAGUUGGGCUGCCUUGAAAUCAGGAGGUUCUUCAGGGAGAUGAGGGGGAAUGCUCUGGAUAAGAAAUCGAACUACGAACUAUUAGAGAAAGACGUUGGCUUGAGAAGAUUCUUCCCCAAAAGUUUACUGGACUCUGUCAAGGCUAAAACGCUACGGAAAUUAAUCCAGCAGACCUUCAGGCAGUUUGCCAACCUCAAUGAUGAGCAGAGCAUUCUCAAAUUCUUUGAGAUUCUGUCACCGGUGUACAGAUUUGACAAGGAGUGUUUUAAAUGUGCUCUUGGGUCGAACUGGAUUAUCUCAGUGGAGCUGGCGAUUGGACCAGAAGAAGGAAUCAGCUACCUCACAGACAAGGGCUCCACGCCGACCCACCUGGCUAACUUUAACCAAGUGCAGACUAUCCAGUAUUCAAACUGCGAUGACAAGGAUCGGAAAGGAAUGCUGCAGCUCAAGGUAGCAGGAGCCCCUGAACCUCUAACAGUGACAACGCCGUCGUUGAACAUCGCAGAAAACAUGGCUGACCUGAUAGAUGGCUACUGCCGGCUGGUGAAUGGAGCCUCCCAGUCCUUCAUUCUCCGACCACAGAAAGAGGGAGAGAGAGCUUUGCCAUCGAUCCCAAAGCUCGGCAACAACGAGAAGCAGGGGGUUCGGACGCAUACUGUCUCUGUCUCAGGAGUGAAUCACAGUCAACCUAGAGUUCAGAAAGCCAGGCGCUUUCUCCUUCCUUUCUUCUUCUGUUCUCAUCAGUCUCCACCCAAGGAUGAAAUUAGUGGGGACGAGACGGACGACUAUGCAGAAAUUGUAGACGAAGAGGACACAUACACCAUGCCCUCGAAAAGCUGUGGAUUAGAAGAAGCCAGGGACUAUGAGAUCCAGAGAGAGAGAAUGGAGCUGGGCCGGUGUAUUGGAGAGGGACAGUUUGGGGAUGUGCACCAAGGCGUCUAUAUGAGUUCAGAAGACACUUCUAUGUCAGUGGCUAUUAAAACAUGCAAAAACUGCACGUCUGAUAGUGUAAGGGAGAAGUUCCUUCAGGAAGCCUUGACUAUGCGACAGUUUGAUCAUCCCCACAUAGUCAAGCUAAUUGGAGUGAUAACCGAGAACCCAGUCUGGAUCAUCAUGGAGCUCUGUACACUUGGGGAGCUGCGGUCAUUUUUGCAAGUAAGAAAAUACAACCUGGACUUGGCCUCCCUGAUUCUCUUUGCCUAUCAGCUCAGCACAGCACUCGCUUACCUAGAAAGCAAACGAUUUGUACACAGGGAUAUUGCUGCUAGAAAUGUCCUAGUGUCUUCCACAGACUGUGUGAAGCUCGGAGACUUCGGGCUCUCCAGGUAUAUGGAAGACAGCUCCUAUUACAAAGCUUCCAAAGGGAAACUGCCUAUCAAGUGGAUGGCUCCAGAAUCGAUUAACUUUAGACGCUUUACCUCAGCUAGUGACGUGUGGAUGUUUGGAGUGUGCAUGUGGGAGAUCCUGAUGUAUGGAGUGAAACCCUUCCAGGGUGUGAAAAACAACGACGUGAUCGGAAGGAUUGAGAACGGAGAGCGCCUGGCCAUGCCCCACAACUGCCCCCCCACCCUCUACAGCCUCAUGACCAAGUGCUGGGCCUACGACCCCAGCAAGAGGCCCCGCUUCACUGAACUCAAAGUGCAGCUCAAUACAAUACUGGAAGAAGAGAAGGCGCAGCAGGAGGAGAGGAUUCGCAUGGAGAUGAGGCGGCAGGUCACAGUCUCGUGGGACUCGGGAGGGCCUGACGAAGCUCCCCCUAAACCCAGCAGGCCAGGCUACCCCAGCCCAAGAUCGAGCGAAGGAUUUUACCCCAGCCCUCAGCAUGUGGGGCAGCACAAUCACUACCAGGUUUCUGGAUACUCUGGCUCUCAUGGGAUGUCUCCGAUGCCUGGAAGUGUCUAUCCACCCCAGGCCUCUGUGCUGGAUCCACAUGACUCCUGGAACCACCAUAGGCCACAGGACAUACCCAUGUGGUCUCCCAACAUGGAGGACUCCGGGCCCCUGGAUCUGCGGGGGGUGGGACAGGGGCUCCCCACUCACCUCAUGGAGGAGAGGCUGAUGAUGCAGCAGCAGCAGAUGGAGGAGGACCAGCGCUGGCUUGAGCAGGAGGAGAGGUUUUUGAAGCCAGACCCCAGAAAUUCCAGGGGCAGCAUUGACCGGGAGGAUGGAGGUCUCCAGGGACCGACUUGCAACCAGCACAUAUACCAACCUAUAGGCAAACCAGAACAUGUUGCUCCACCGAAGAAGCCCCCUCGACCCGGAGCUCCCAGCCAUUUAGGAAGCCUUGCCAGCCUGAACCCAGUGGACUGCUACAAUGAAGGAGUGAAGAUUCAGCCCCAGGAAAUCAGCCCCCCCCCUACGGCUAACCUGGACCGCUCCAAUGACAAGGUGUAUGAGAAUGUGACCGGGCUGGUGAAAGCUGUGAUCGAGAUGUCCAGUAAAAUCCAGCCUGCUCCCCCGGAGGAGUAUGUGCCCAUGGUGAAGGAGGUUGGACUGGCACUACGGACGCUCCUGGCAACGGUGGAUGAAACCAUUCCUGUACUGCCAGCCAGCACACACAGAGAGAUUGAGAUGGCCCAGAAGCUCCUGAACUCGGACCUGGCUGAGCUGAUCAACAAGAUGAAGCUGGCCCAGCAGUAUGUGAUGACCAGCCUGCAGCAGGAGUACAAGAAGCAGAUGCUGACCGCGGCCCACGCGCUGGCCGUCGACGCCAAGAACCUGCUGGACGUCAUCGACCAGGCCCGGCUCAAGAUGAUUGGCCAAGCCUGGCCGCACUAGCCUGGGCCGUGUGUGUGAGAGUGUAUGUAUGUGUGUGUGUGUGUGUGUGUGGGGUGAGCAGGAAUCUGUGGAGGUUGGUUGGGUGCCAAGAUUCACCCGGCAGGGGGAGGGAUGAGACAAGGGUGUGUGGGUGUGUGUGGGUGUGUAUAUGUAUAUAUGUGAGUGAGUGAGAGUGUGUGUGUGUGUGUGUGUGUGUGUGUGUGUGGGUAUGUGGGGUGAGCAGGGAUCUGUAGACGAUGGUUGGGUGCCGAGAUUCACCUGGCAGGGGGAGGGAUGAGACAGGUGUUCCUAAGGGAUAGUUAGCUUUCUUCCAGUGCUGAACUUUGAGAUGGGAUUGAAGCCUGCCUGAUCCCACUCCUCCCAUCCAGGAAAUUUCAGAUCUGACGGAUUGCUAUCGAGUUCCCGGGACCUUUCAAAAUCAUUAACAAAUGUUUUUGUUUUUGGCUGAACCUGUUGUGUGUGGCAAUUUGGUACAUUUUGUACUGAGAGACAAUACACUCGUCUUUGACUCGGUUGUGUGGCUUGUUCCUCCCCUCAAGGCGUUCACAUCUGGAGAAGGCCACUGGAGCUAACGACAGAACUGUUAUUGGGAUGUUGGGAUUUUCAGAAACCUCAAGGUUGAGAAUUCCAGUUCCAUAAACACAAAUAACAAAGGGACUUCUUGUUUUAUUCUGUCGAUGGUAACACACUGUCACAAUAUCGAAUCCAGACUGAACAGAGAAUCCUAAAUCUGUAUGUUAGAAGGAUGGACUUGUUUUAUACCCCCUGGUCUUCACAUGCAGUGGAUGAAAUAAACUGGGAGAGUGGAAGCGCAAGGACUGUCCUUUGUCUUUUUGACAUGGAAUCAUGCGACAAACAUCAUAUUUUUGAAGCAGCUGUUUUGCUUUUUAAGGAGAAUGGAAUGCUGUGUGUUAAACAAAACUUCCCUACCAUUGGAGGUGUCCCCUAUUCUUUUUAUAUAUAUAUAUAUAUAUAUAUAUAUUAUUUAAAAAGACUAAAGCCAUGUUGAAUAUUUUAAACACUAGUUACUAACCCAUUCCCUUUCCUCUUUCUCUUUCUUGCCCAGGAGGUUUUAAAGAACAGAGAGAUACCUUGCCCCCCCCCCCCUUGUUUUUCUUUUAAUAUUAUCUCAAUGUCUAUUGUCUGUUCAUUAAAAGCCCCUCCAUUUUUGGGUAUAACUUAUUCUCAGGAAGAAUAGAAUGUCCUUGGCCUAUUAAAGGUGUUAUCAGCA